AUGCCUAUUGCAAAAUCGCUUGGGAAAGUCCAAAAGCAAAAGGGAGGGACGAAGUUGCACCCCAAAGGACGCAAAAUCAAGCAGCUCACACGAGCUCAAUUACGACAGGACAAGCUACAGACCAACAAAUCUAUGAGAUCAGAUGCCCAAAGUCAAAAACUACUGAGGCUGCAUUUUUUCAAGUCUUUUAUUGAAAAAAUCGAGCAAGAAUCCUACACUAUUCCCGAAAUUCAUGAUAUGAUUGUGGCCUAUAUUGAAAGAAAUAGCGACGAGCUAGAUCAGCUGAAAUCACAAAGGCGGCCGGGCAGACCGUCUUCGUCGCGACAGGAUAGUCUGCAAAUGCAAUUGGAAUACGACGAUCGUGAAUAUAAUGACGGGUUCACCCUGCCUGAUCUUAGAGAUCCUCAGGUGGUCAAAGCAUUGAAAGCUUGGAAGGGCAGCGUGGGAGGAACAAAUACACUUGUUUCAAUCCGGAUUGCUCGCGACGCCUCCGAGCCUUGCUAA